GAAACGUUGACCCUGCCUGCGAACCCCGCGGCGGGAUCUGAGCGGCGAAAGUCGGCCUGCGGGAGGUGAGUGGCCCAGGCCUCACCCUCGGAGCGCGGGCCGGGCUCCAUCCCGGCGCCUUCCGGGUACGUCUGCAGGAUAAACACUUAGGAUAAAUACUUAGGAGUGAGCUCUCUGGGUCACAGGCCCCUCUGCCCACCCCAGGACAUGGCAGCUGUGAGGCCUGGCCUGGGACGGGUCGUCCCUGGAUCAUCCAUCCUUUUCCUGUGCGACAUGCAGGAGAAGUUCCGCCAUGUUGUGUACUUCCCCCAGAUCGUCUCUGUGGCUGCCCGCAUGCUCAAGGUGGCCCGGCUGCUAGAUGUGCCAGCUGUGCUGACUGAGCAGUACCCACAAGGCCUGGGCCCCACAGUGCCCGAGCUGGGGGCUGAGGGCCUGCAGCCACGGUCCAAGACCUGCUUCAGCAUGGUGCCUGUGGUGCAGCAGGAGCUGGACACGCGGCCCCAGCUGCGCUCUGUGCUCCUCUGUGGCUUGGAGACACAAGUCUGCAUCUUGCACACGGCCCUGGACCUCCUGGACCGAGGGUUGCAGGUCCACGUGGUGGUGGACGCCUGCACCUCCCGCAGCCAAGUGGACCGGCUAGUGGCGCUGUCCCGGAUGCGCCAGAGCGGAGCCUUCCUCUCCACCAGCGAAGGGCUCAUCCUGCAGCUUGUGGGUGAUGCCGCCCACCCCCAGUUCAAGGAGAUCCAGAAGAUCAUCAAGGAGCCCAGCCCAGACAGCGGACUGCUGGGCCUUUUCCAGAACCAGAACCCCCUCUUCCGCUGAACUCCCUACCCUGCCUUGAGGGGAGACCACCUUGUCCCUGGGACCUUGGCAGAAGCGCUUCCCCCCCAUUCUUGGAUCCCAAGAGUGGUGCAGUCCACCGGGAGUACCGCCCCCUCAGGGGGGGAGGUGGGUGCCACCUUUCCAUUGGAUGGCAACUCCCGGAAAUGCAAAUGAGACUCCGGAAGCUGGGCGGGGGUUGGCUGAACCAAGUUGGAGGUGGGGCUCGGCCGCCCGGGCCACUUCAAGGGGCGGCAAGGGGAGGGGGAGGGAGUGUCACAGGCUGUGUGGGACCCGGUCUCAGAGAAUAAACAUUGAUGUGACUGUGGACU